AUGGUUCUCGCCGUUGAUCUUCUGAACCCUUCCCCGGCCGCCGAGGCCAAGAAGCACAAGCUCAAGACCCUUGUGCCCGCCCCUCGAUCCUUCUUCAUGGACGUCAAGUGCCCCGGUUGCUUCACCAUCACCACCGUCUUUUCUCACGCCCAGACCGUUGUCAUCUGCCAGGGAUGCACCACUGUCCUCUGCCAGCCUACCGGUGGUAAGGCUCGUCUGACUGAGGGCUGCUCUUUCCGAAGGAAGUAA